AUGAACACUAACAACAGCAAUAACAAUAAAAGAAGCAAUUUGAACAACAAAAGACGUGUCAAAGUUUCACUUCAAUUUCCAGAAAAAUUAUUUUAUGAGAAAGUAUUGAAUGAAUGGAGAGAAAAUAUAUCUGAUCGUAACCAUGCUUAUGUUGUUAGAAAAGCUUUGAAUAAUUUAAAAUUGUUUCCUUUGGAUGUUCAUGGACAUGGAGAAUUGAGGAAAAUUAGAGGAAUUGGCGAAGAUAUAGCCACACGUUUGGAUACUGCCUGGCAAAGAGCUUGUGAAGUUUUAUUCCCAGGCAUUACCCCUUCAAUUAAUCAAAUAAAAGAAUUGGAGCCUGGGCAAGCAUUUAAAUUUUUGGAAGAAACGGCUAGUGAAGCAAAUGCUUUUAAUAAAAAAAGAGGAAAUUCUUUGCCUUUUAUUCACAACAAAAAUUCAAAAAAUAUUAAAGAAAAACCCAAAUCAUCCCCAAUAAAAAGAUCACCGGCAAAAUUGUUAUUGACAAAAAAUAAUUCGAAUGAUGAUGAUUUUUGUGAACCUACAACGUCUACAAAAAUGGAUAAAAUUGAAGUUUCUCAUUCAUUAUCGAAUAAUUCCAAUCAACUCAAUCAAAAGGAUUCUGAUGAUGAAAGUAUUUCAGAGGAGCACCACCAACAACAACUUUAUUAUUCUCCUUCAGAAAAUGUAGAAAGUUCAAUAAUUUUAAUAUCAGAUAAUCGAGAAGAAAUUUCAAAAGGAAAUAGAGCUAAAGGAAAAAGUGUUGGAGAAUUUUUAAUUUGUGGAGGAAUUAAAUGGGAAAGUCGUAAACUUUCUGUUGGGGAUUAUCUGUGGAUAUUACAAUGGAAAGAUUGGCAGACUGGAAGGUUAAAUGAAAUUGUUUUGGAUUAUAUUGUUGAAAGAAAAACUUGGGAUGAUUUGAAGGUUUGCUUUUUAAUUUUUUUUUGGAUGAAUUGUCGUAGAAAUUUUUUUGGUACCCUUCGAUAG